CGAAAAACGACGCUCACAUAUUCGUCUGCUAUACUGGCAAUCUUAUCAACCAACCGAUCUAUUUCUUAUUCGUCGCCAGGCUUUCCAAAUUUUUAUCUUGAACAAACUCCGGAAUACUGCCGUGAUAAAUCUGUUUCGACUCAAUCUUUUUCAUCUUUUCCAACGGAAUAACUGUUCAGCUUCAAAAUGGUUGUGAAAUUUUACAUUUCCAUGGUUUCUGGAAAUAAAGAGAUGAAGAAGCGACAAAUGAAAGCCCAGCUUAUCAUGGAGAGCAAAGGAGUGAACUUCCAGGUGAUAGACAUUUGUGACCCCAACAACGAGGAUGAGAGGACUUUCAUGAGGAAGAAUGCAGUAGGCAGAAACAACGCCAGGAAUGCUGUACCACCUCAGUUUUUCAACGAUGAUCAUGAAGAUUCAUACUGUGGAGAUUAUGAGGGCUUUGACGAGGCUGUUGAAAAUGACCGCAUAGAAGAGUUUCUGAAGCUUCCUCGUGGCUCACUACCUCAAGUACCUGUCAUCAAUCACAAUCUUUUCGGCAGUAGAGAUGUAUCAAUGGAGAAAGAGAUUCCCCAACUCAAUGGAGCUGUCCCUAGUCCCAGACCAAGCCCUGAGAAAGAAGAGGAAGAAGAAGAAGAGGAAGAAGAAGAUGAAGAAGAGGUGGAGAUGGAGACCACAGUGGCCACUGCUGAAAGUAUCACUGAAUUAAAAUACAAAAAGCUUCCCGGGGGAGAUGUAACCACUGCAAUUAUUCCCGAGGAAGAAGUCAAAGUGGAGGAAGUAGAAGAAGAGGAGGAGGAGGAAGAAGAAGAAGAGGAGGAGGAAGAAACAGCUUUACCUCACGAAGAUGAUUCGAUGGAGAUGUCGACUACGGUGGCCACUGCUGAGCGUUUCACUGAGUUCACUUACAAACAGCUUCCAGGAGAAGCUUGAAAUGAACAAAAAGAAGACAAAAACCAGUUAUUAAAUAUCAACUGCCGUGUUUGCCACCUCACCGCCGUCGAGUUGGUUUUUUCUUUUCUCUUUUUUUUUCACUGGAAAUUAUGGCGCGUCUUUAUUUCGCCCGUCAGAAAACAAUUGGAUGAACUGACUGAUUUUUCUUGGAUUUUAUUAUAAUUAUUAUUAUAUAUACAUAUUAAUUUUUUUUGUCUUUUUGUUUCUACCGACCUUUUAAUCUUUGGCUCCUCCCACUCCUUAAUUGCAAUCUUAUUUAAAUUACCCUGCCUUUUAAUUAUGUUACCUGUAUGUGUGACUUUGUGUGUGUAACGACUUUGAAUAAUGUUUUAACUUAAAAAAAGAAAGACAAAAAAAAACCUGGACAA